AUGCCAUUAGAGGCUAUAAAGCCGCUUAUCAGCUGUGCCCGUGGAUGUCCCGCGAGAGUGAAGCGCCUAGGAUCGAUAUGGCUAGCUGGGUUUACAUUAUUCACACACUGGGACCGUGAAGGUAAUAGGACAAUGCUCCACGUCCAUCAGCCUACCGGCUGGCCAGGUGUGAGUCUGCCGUUGGCUGUGCGCAGUUCAGCUGCCGUGGUGGAAGAGCACCCAGCAGAGGAGUAA